AAACAUUCAAAGACACACAGUUCCAAGUAUAAAAGCCCAACUGGUAGCCAUCUGAUCAAGAUCGCUCACCAUGAAGCUGUUCGCAACUCUCUGCUUGGGCCUCGUACUCCGCCUCAGUGCAUCACUGCCCGUUCCAGAUGUAACCAAAGAAGAUGGAGCUGUCCAAGAUGCUGCCCUGCCGAACAGAUGUGAUGGGAUAGAAUUUGAUGCGAUCACUCCAGAUGAGAAAGGAAAAAUAAUCUUCUUCAAAGGCGCCCACUUGUGGAAAGGCUUCCACGGCCCAGCCCAGCUCUCCAAUGAGUUAUUCAAGGAACUUGAUGAUGAUCAUAACAUUGGCCACGUUGACGCCGCCUUUCGCAUGCACGAUCCGGAGAACCACGAUGACCACGAUCACAUCUAUUUCUUCCUGGAUGACAAGGUGUUUAGCUACUAUAAUCAAACUCUGGAGAGUGGCUAUCCGAAAUCAAUACAGGACGACUUCCCCGGAGUCCCAUCUCACCUGGAUGCAGCUGUGGAGUGUCCAAAAGGAGAGUGUGUGACCAACUCGGUUCUCUUCUUCAAGGGUCAUGACGUGCAUGUUUAUGACAUCGCCACCAAAGCUGUUAAAACAAAGACGUGGUCCGACUUGCCCGUGUGCACGUCUGCUUUGCGCUGGCUGGAGCACUACUACUGCUUCCACGGUCACAACUUCACUAGAUUCCACCCGGUCUCAGGUGAGGUGAACGGCACCUACCCAAAGGAUGUCCGCGAUUACUUCACGGACUGCCCCAACUUUGGCCACGGAGGAAAUUAUAAAAUCCCUAAAUGCAGCGAAGUCAAAAUAGAUGCCAUCACCUCGGACAACCAAGGCAAAAAAUAUUUUUUUGCAGGACCCAUCUACAUGCGUCUGGACAGUCAGCGUGAUGGUCUUCACGCAUUCCCCAUAGCGAGGACGUGGAAGGAAUUGACCAAUGGUGUGGAUGCUGUCUUCUCGCACGAAGAUAAACACUACAUGAUUAAGGGCGAUCAGGUGUACAUCUAUAAAAUGGACCCGCAUAAGACCCUCAUCGAAGGUUACCCUAAAUCCCUUAAGGAAGAGUUGGGCAUCGAGGGACAUGUCGAUGCUGCUUUUCUGUGCGGGGAUGAAAAUACCGUUUCCAUAAUCCAAGGAAAGAAGCUUUACGACAUUGAUUUGUCGGCCACGCCAAGACAUGUGACCAAAGACUACCUCCUGCCCAUUUCUGACAUUGACGCUGCUUUAUGCGAUUCAAAGGGAGUUUAUGUGUUCAAAGGACCAUAUUAUUACCAUUAUGAGACUGCCUUCACCUUGGGUAUGGCUAGAAUAGCCCCUGUGGCUGACAGUAUAACCCCCGAUAUGAUGGGAUGCCUUGAGUAUACACAAACUUCAGCUCACCAUCAAAAGCAGGUCAUGUGAAUAAUUCCAUUUUGGUGAAUAAACAUUUAUAAAAGGUUC